GAUCACGACUCGCAAGACUCGUUAACGGGAGGAAACUUAUGAAGCACAGCAAGUCUCGUCUAGAAUGUCCACACUUUUUACAGGUUUAAAGUCAAACCGCUGUCAGAUCGAAGUGAACCCCGAACGUGGGAGUGCAUCAGUGGGAAACUCAUCAACGAGGGGUUUCCGGGACACAACAGGGAAGAAGCGUAUCACCAGAUCGUCAUCUGCGUGCAUCCAAACCACUAAGAAUCUGUGCAUCAGACAGGGGACACUUCUGAAAAGCAAAGGCGAGUGGGUCAGCACACCAGCGAACGGUGACGAGUGUCGUGGUCAGCUUUCCUUCACGUCAUCCUUCUCACUGAGGUUCCCGUCUACGAAGAGAAACGAUUACAGAACGAACAUCCGCAGUGCUACGAAGCUAAAAAACAAUGAUCUGCACACAGAAUCUGAUGCAGGCACAAAGGUAGCAGAUGUACAACGUCCAGAGGAUUUCCUAGUCAACGCAUUAAGAGAGUCAACUGGAGGAGCGACUAAAGAUGAAGAUGUGUCUAAAUCAAAAGCUGGAGUUUUCUAUUCAAGGGAAAGCCUCGGCCGGCACGACGUAUCCAGUCGUAGAUCCUCGGAUGGAAUACAGCCUGGUUUAGCCCUCUGUGACAAGCCUGAAAAGAACUGUACACAGGGGCAAUCUGCAAGCGGUGAGAGUGUGACAGAGCUACGAGUCACUGAGAAAGAAAGUUUAGAGGGACAACCAGGAGUUAAUGACCAUCUAGGAAAGAAUGCGGAAGGAAAGCUUUCUCACAGUAAUCUAAUCCCUUUUACAGGAGAUACCGGAUCAAAGGUGGACUCGGACUGCCAGGCCUGUACAUGUUCUCCUAUAAACCAGGCUUCGUUGCUGCCCUCAUUCCCUGAUUCUCAUUGCGGUAAUAAUCUGAAAUCAGAUCUUAUCAGUUCCACAGCAGCAAUGUUUUCUUCUACCUUAGUCUCCGUCCUUGCUCCUCAUUGGAGCGGGCGCUUUAGGAGACACAAACGAGUCUUUAGCGAUCUUGGACCAGAUAUCGCUUUGAGUCAGAAUGAACAGCAACAACGAUGUCCCCUCCAGCAGUUACAAGCACAGGGAGAACCACGUAAAGACUUCGGUAAUAGGUACAGGGCAUCAGCACCAAGCACCAAGAGCUCUGUUGAAUGGCAGAACGAAAGCUUCUCACAUCUCUCAGAACCGAAUAAACAGUAUUUGAAAACCAGAUCUUUGCGAAUGAACAGACACGCGGCAAACCAAACGACAGAAUUUGCCAACCCUAUGCAUGCGUCAUUGAACUCCGGAGACUUGUCCAGGUCCACGAUGUCUCUUCAGCUUAGUGACUACGGAAGGACAGCGAAGUCAGCAGAUCAAGGAGAGCACUUCCCGUCUUCACUGAGGUCCAGACCAACAACCAGCACUUUGCUUUUGUCUUCGAGGCGGUCAUGCUCAAGAAAUCCCAGUUCUGAUUCCUUUCAUACGGAGAAGCAGUCAUCUGCCUCCGUCAGCCCUCUACAUUUACCUAGCAAAAGCAUACUGAAGACGUCCCAACCGCGACCCAAUGCGGGUUCCCCAAACGAUAUAGCCAAAGAGAAACUUGUGACAAAAACCUUUCUUGCAUCACAAGACACACACAAGCCCAAACCAUCCUUCCCCAAAUGGGGAGAGACAGACUCAUCACGGGACCAGCGCUAUGUAAUCACAGGGGAUUUUGACAGAAAUCCUCCUGCUACAAAUAAUCCAACUAGAGAAAGGCUGUUUUCAAACUAUUCGACAAGAUUCAAUCAAGCUGAGACUCUCAGAUCUACUCAGGACCAUGGAGCGGUUGACUGGAGCAUGUAUGAAGAUAAACAUUUGCAGAAUUCAAAUAGUAAUAUCCCAGAAAGAUCUGACUGUUUUUCUCCAAAGGAAAAUAGUAGAUUUGUUUUCCCACAGAUUUCCUCAAAACUGAAUUCUGAUAGAAUGCUCGAGAGAGAGAUCGGCGAAACUUCAAUGACGAGCACAAAUCUCGGGCCAAGUACUUCUGGGCAGUCUAACAGUAUCAAGGAUAUGAUAAACUCCAGCUCCGUAGAUAAAACCAGCACUAUAAAUGGCACAACUAGCCCUAGAACAACCCGUUCAAUUAUCACCAGUCCCUUUGCCAGUUUAUCUCCUGUGUCCCAAGCUCAUACUGACCAAAACAAUAUGUAUAACUCAAGCAUUUCUGUUAAGCCUGCAUCAAGCCCUGUGAACUCCGUACGGACGAGAACGUUUACAGAUAGUCUUAGCUUGUCACCUCGGAAAGAUUCUUCUGUAGAAGGAACAAGUCCGUCCCGAUCAUGGUCAAGCAGUCCGAACUCUAAGGGAUGGUUAGAAGUGUCGAAUCUAAGCCCUUCAUCCCCAUCUGAGUUUAAGCUCAGAAGCAUUUGUACUCCAAGCAUAUACAGAUACCUAAGAGAAACAAGUCCACCUAAUAACACACAGGCAUCUCUGGCAUUGAGCUCUCCAACAACUCAAACCUCAUCUCUAAAGCAAAAACAGGAAGAGGAUAAAAAUUCAAGGAAACUACGGUUCACUUUUGACGUAAACUCACCCGAAUCACGUGAUCCAGUUUCGAAGCCUGACUCCAGUUCCGUCGUCGCACCACAAUCUCUGCCUCCUGACACCGCCAGAAGAUCUUGUAUCAGUAAAUCCCCUUACGCAACCCUCAUCUCAUCAAGAGCAGCAGCAGUCAACGGUCUUCCAUCUCCACCUGUGAUGCACCAGCACAGUGGAGCUUUUUCUCACAGUAGUUCACCAGUAGACGAUACAUCUCCCGAGGUCGAGAAAAGAUGUUAUACAUCUGUCCACAGGGACCGAUUGAGUCAAGGGACCUCACCAGUGAGAGAGACAUUGGGUUCUACUGAUAUCCAGCUUAUGGAAAAGACACGUUCCUCUUGUCAAGAUGGCAUCGCAGAGAGCUCAAUGAAUGCAAAGACCCCAGAUCAAACUAACUUCUCAAUCCCAGACACUACACACCCAAAACUGACUGACUCGGAUAGAUGGAAUUCCCGACAGCUUUCCAUGCCGCUAGAUUCAUCAUCCCCUGUUAAUGAGGUUGUACAAAAGGGAGAAGUAACAGAAAUCUCGCAAACAAGUGGGACAUUCCAGGCAAGCCAGAGUCCUAAAUCAAAGAGGAGCUUCUUCUCAUCAAGAAAUAAAAAAGACAACGUUCUGCCGUCGUCUCUUUCCGCCGAGAAAGAGGGUUUGUCCGAUAAGAAGGGUGAGACGAAAGGACUCAAAUCCAACAAUAAAGUGGACCAGGUGUUGAACCGUUUGAGAAUAACAUUCGGUGGCAGGUUUUCAGAAGACAGUGACACAACAAGUAGGAGAAAGACUAAAAAGGAGGAGUCUUCAAAUGUUAAGCCUUAUGAAGGCAUUAAGAAGGAAAAAGAAAGCGAUGAUCUUACGUUUAAAACACAGACAAAAUCUGAAGAGCUUUUAGAAAACAAGGUUUCUGAAAGGAGUAGGAAGCUUGACCGUGUGGAUGAUCUGACAGUAAGGACACCUGAAGAGGUUUCAGACAGCAAGUGUCCAGAAAGAGGUCAGAAGCUAGUCCAGAUGAAUGGUCUGACAGUUAGAAGAAAGACUAAAAAUAAGACGCUGUUGGACGACAUGCCUUGUGAAUCCAAGAGAAACGUAGAGCAGACGCUUUCCGAGAGUCAAACGCUCAAAUCUCCAAACUCCCCAAAUGGCCAAAUGAUAAAAUCUUGCAACUUUUCUGGCCAUAACUUCAUACGUGAAAAACAAGACGACUUGCCAAAUAUGGACGAGCACAAAAGUCUAAUGGAGGAAAGCAGAAGUCGAUUCCUGGGUAGACCGCUGAGUCCUAACUGGCCUACGCCUGAAAAUACCAGCUGGUACGCCACACUGCCUUCAGGCAAAAGAUCCAGACUUGGCCAGUCUCGGACUCUUUCUCCAUUUGAAUAUUCUUUAGAAGAACAGAAUGAUAACGUGUUUUUCAGCAGUGUCCUGAGAGAAGAGAGAAAUAGUACAUCUCCUGGUGAGACUGAGAAUGUUGUUCAACCAGACAAUGUUGUAAAAACUGGGGGGCAGACUUCAACAGGGGUGGCGGUGUCUUCUCCCUGUGCUGAUCUCAAGUACGGCCUGCAGCGUGGACGAUCUGUUUCGGUUAGCAGCGUUGUUUCGGGGCGUCCGUCGGGUCCUGGACGAAUCUCGACAGGAUCGAGACAAGGCAGCGUCAGCGACUUGAGCAGCUUGGACAGUUUUGUGACCAAAAGCUGGCAUUCAAGUAUCAACAGUCCAGCUGGUUCACCUGAGAAUGAUGCCAUAGCUUCUGUUGGCCAUACUUCUUAUAAGGGAGCACCAGGAUGGCCGCCAUCAGAGGGCCGUCUCAGGAGCCCGGAUAACCUGGAGGUCAUGUCGUUCUCGUGGGACAUGGAAACAGAUCCCACGCCACCCCAUUCCCCUCCACAUACACGACGUAUAUCCAGCUCCUCUUCGGCUAGCAACAAGAACUCACCAGAUAGCUUGUCUCCGCGUGGAUUUUUGCCUUCCAGGAACUACAAGUCCACGUUGUCUGCCUUUGAGGAGUCAGACUCAGAGACCACUACCGAUGAUGAAUACUAUCUCAACAGCGAUGAUGACGACGAGCAAGAAACAGAAGUUUAGCGGAUAACGUUGUGUGUUCUGAAUGAAGUCGUGCAUGCAGUUUGUGUGGUUUUUGAAUGCGAACGUUUUUUGUAUCUGUGCACUUUGAUCAGUCUUCCUCAGGAACAAAACACAAUAACAGUGUGAUAAUAUGUCCUUCCACAGACGCUUACGAAUCUCCAUUUUGAUCGAACUAUUGAAUGUAAUAUGAUGGAAAUCAAAACAAAAUCAACGCGCUGAAGCACUUACACAUGCUCCUGUUUAUGCUCGCCCUGCCUUGGCUAAUAGCUUCGAUCCAAGUGCUAAUGUUUCAACUCUUUUUUUCAGUUUGAGAUUAUUAUUGAUAAUCAAUAAUGACAGUUCAUGCAUUAUAGGAUCACAGAUGAUAUUCAGGUUGUGUGUUUUGUGACAUUUGUAUAUGAAGCUUUUUUUUUUUACCGAUUGUUGGACACAACCUGCCCUUUGUAUUGCGUCAUUCGGUGUCAAGAAGCGGCGGUUUAAAUGCUAAAUCAUCUUAGAAAGAAAGCAGAAAAGUCGAAAGCUAAUUUUUUUUUUUUGGAACCACAGAACAAAUAUUAUUUCGAGCUUGCUCAACUAGGAUAAAUUAAAUCUAACAAAAAAUCGUAACACUAUACUUGACAUUUAUAGAGCAGUAUUUUUUUGUUGCUAACCAAGCAAGACAUGAAGUGCUAAAAGUUCUUGUAUAAGAUUGGUUUUUAAUUUCAACACAAAUUAUUUAACGACAAAUAUUAAAACAUCGAUUUGAAGUUCUAAAGUCGGCGCUGACGAUAAGAACGAUACAUAAAGAAAUAUAUAUUUUCACGUCAUCGGACGUGAUAACGUAAGUAUCUGUCACGUCUGCUGAAAAGUCUUUAUUUUUUUAUGCUGGAAUAAUAGAGAAGUUGGUAAUAAAUCAUAGAAAAUCA